AUGGUUUUAUUCUUCACCUCAAAUGUUGUCGAUCCUACGAACCCCGUGACAUUGUACAUGGGUAAAGAUAAACAUGAAAACGAAUACUUGAUCAAACACGCUUGGCCAGAAGAUGUAUGGUUUCACGUUGACAAACUCUCGUCUGCCCAUGUUUAUAUUCGUUUACCUAACACGAUGUCAGACAUGAACGCCAUUCCUGAGGCUUUAUUACAGGAUUGCGCUCAGUUGGUAAAAGCCAACUCAAUAGAGGGAAACAAGAGGGAUAACCUGACCAUAAUCUUCACACCUGCUUCGAAUUUGAAGAAAACAGGUGAUAUGGCUAUUGGUCAAGUUAGUUUCCAUUCUGAUAAAUUAGUUAAACGGGUUCAUAUAGCUACCCGUCUUAAUCCUAUUGUGAAUCGAUUAAAUAAGACAAAGGUAGAAAGGGUAGUAGAUUUUGAAGUUGAAAAUCUUGAACGUCAAAAAGCUUUGAGUCAAAAAAAGAAAGAAAUCGCGAUUGAAAAGGCAAAGGCUGAUUUACAACUUCAGGCUCAACGUAAGGCUGAGCGAGAAGCAAGAUCUUAUGAAGCACUUCUUAAUAGAAUAGAAUCACAAGAACAUCAAGAUAAAGGAGAAAAAGUAGAAGGUUUUGAUAGUGAUGAAGAUUUCAUGUAG